AUGGAAUCGCCCUUAUCGUCACUGAACUGCCCGGCGGGCACGAAGAUGUACCUGCUGGACCUGGGUACAUUGGAAUGUGACGAAUCAUGGAUCAUCCGUGGAGCGAACGCAAGCUCCGUGAGCAACGAGAACCCUACGAACAAACGCCGCCAGCUCGUCGUGCUCUCGGCGCUCAUCGACUAUCCCGGAGUUGGCCUCAUCCUGUAUGAGACCGGAUGCGCCGAAGACCUGCAAGUGAACUGGGGUGAACACAUCACCGACAUCUUCCCCCGAGUAGCCUACGAAGAAAACAACCGCCUCCCCGCCGCAAUCGCCAAAGCCGGCCACAACAUCAAAGACGUCAAGGCGGUAAUCAUGGGCCACCUGCACCUCGACCACGCAGGGGGCCUGGAGCACUUCGUCAACACAGACGUGCCGAUCUACGUGCACGAGGAGGAGUUCAAGCACGCGUGCUGGGCCGUCGCCACCAAGGCCGACCUCGGCGUCUACUUGGGCCAUUACAUGCUUCUGGAGAAGUUGAACUGGCAGACGUUUAACGAGCCGCACCUCGACCUGUACCACGGGAUUGUGGUGCAUCAUUCGCCGGGACAUACGCCCGGGCUGUGCAUUAUGCAGGUGAAUCUGAAGGAGAGCGGGACGUUUAUCUGGACGAGUGAUCAGUUCCAUGUGAAGGAGAACUACGAGGAGGGGGCGCCGCAUGGGGGGCUGGCGAGGGACCAUUCGGCUUGGUGGAGGAGUUUGCAGAUGAUUCGGAGGUUGCAGAGGCUGUAUGGGGCUACUUUGGUUUUUGGGCAUGAUCGGGAGGUGGCGUUGAAGUUGAUCAAGGAGAAGGAGUUUUAUGAAUAG